ACUGGACGACGGUGGCAUCGUGAUAAUCGCACAUUUGGAAAUAUAACCUCCAGUAGUCCCGCGGCGCCUGCGGCUGUGGUAUAUUAUCCUCUAUCACGGCCUAACCCUAAACCCUUCGUCAUCCCCUCCGGUCGCUGCAAAAAGGAGGAUCCCGAGGUCUUCUUUCAGCCCUUGCCGACCACCGUAGUACUGUCUCUAUCGCUUAUCACCUCCUCGCUGCAGUUUACUUCGUUAGUUUCCCAAUCCUUGAUGCUUUCUUUAUGAUAGAUGGCAAGCGCUUGGACAAAUAUGAGCAUUGCAAUCAUACAUAGGGAUAUAGGGAGGGAAUGGGAGAAUCAUUUUGGAGUUAUGGGUAUUAUUUUUUUAAAUGGAGCUACUUGCUCACUCUCAGAAGAGCUAUGCAGUGCUAAAAUUCUGGAGAGGAUGGGGUGAUACAAAAUUUAUUUCAAUUUUAUUACACCUUUGGAGCAUCUUGGAGCAAAUGAGCAAAUGGAAUUGUGGAGCACGGCUCACAUUGAGGAUUGCUCUCUUGGUUUGCUUCAUUGUUUUUGGUUCUGCCUUAUUUGGAGAGCAAAGUUGUUGAUGCAGAUGGCAAUUGGCUAUGGUGGAAGAUGGUGUUUCUUUCCUUUUGAUGAUUCGUUGAACAGAUGUAUGAUGUUAUGACAUACAUGUGCAGGACUAAUAUUCAAACUUGCUCGGAAUAGUUUGUUGCCUUGAAGAUGAGUAGUCGUUUUUCUCGCACAAUAUAUGUUGGAAACUUGCCCUCAGACAUAAAAGAGUAUGAAAUUGAAGAUUUGUUCCACAAGUAUGGACGAAUUUUGGAUAUUGAAUUGAAGAUUCCUCCACGCCCGCCGUGUUAUUGUUUUGUGGAGUUUGAGAAUGUUAGGGAUGCAGAAGAUGCAAUCCGAGCUCGUGAUGGGUAUAAUUUUGAUGGUUGCCGUCUAAGGGUUGAGCUUGCACAUGGUGGUAGAGGCCCUUCAUCCAGUGAUCGUCGUAGCAGUUAUGGUGGUGGUGGUGGCGGCGGUGGUGGUGGUGGUGGCGGCGGUGGUGGUGGAGGAGGAGGAGGGGGAGGGGGACGUUUUGGUGUUUCAAAACGAUCAGAAUAUCGGGUUAUUGUACGUGGACUCCCAUCUUCUGCUUCUUGGCAGGAUUUGAAGGAUCAUAUGCGUAAGGCUGGUGAUGUGUGUUUUGCUGAAGUUUCUCGUGACAGUGAAGGGACAUUUGGGGUUGUUGAUUAUACUAACUAUGACGACAUGAAAUAUGCUAUUCGAAAACUUGAUGAUACUGAAUUCAGAAAUCCUUGGGCUAGAGGAUACAUUCGGGUGAAGAAGUAUGAUGGAAGUCCCACCAGGAGCAGGAGCAGGAGCAGGAGCAGGAGCAGCAGGAGCAGGAGCAGGAGCAGAAGCCGAAGCCGAAGCCGCAGUAGAAGUCGGGGUCGGGAUCGUAGUCGGAGCCGAAACCGAAGUCAAAGCCGAAGUCGAAGCCGUAGCCGUAGCCGUAGCCGAAGUGCUAGACCAAAUAGGAGCAAAUCAGCAGAAAGAUCUGUUUCUAGAUCCGUUUCAAGAUCAAGAUCUCCAUCCCCUGUUAAAUCUUAGGCCACUUUCGUAAUCAAGAUCUGGUCACCAUGUCAGGCACGAGAAGGAAGCGAUAUGAUUACAUGAAUAUUCAGGAUGCAAAAAAUUGCGUUGAAAUUCAUUUUAGUUAAGGGAACCUAUGCAGACUGACUGGUUAAAUGAUGGAGUUGAUUUAGCUUGAAAACGGCAUGAGUUGUAUGGAUAUUUUCUUAAAUCCUGCCCACAUAUCGACCUUACUAUCAUUUUGUUUGGAGACUUUUUUUUUAAGGUAUCUGCAUGUCUUAACUUGCACA